CAACAACAAAGUCGUCGUCGCCGUCAUUUACACUACAAUGGCGAGAAUGGGUGGAUUAAUAAUGUGGGCCUCGGUUCGCUUCUCUCCACCUUACCCAGGUGGCUCUCCUCGUGCUUAAGACUCCGCUGUUCCCGCCGUCCAUCUUGCCGUUCUGGUGUCAUCACCUCACUGCACUCCAUCGAUCUCACCACCAACCUCGUCCCAUACACCGAACGAUCUCAUCACAUCUAUAACGAACAGUUCCUUCACAUCAACAGCCAAAAUGACUUUCAACCUCGUUGCCGUCGUUUACCCCAAGGAGGGCAAGCUUGAGCGCGUCAAGGAACUCGGCAAGGAGAUUUCCGCCUGGGUUGAGGCCAACGAGCCCAACACGCUCCAGUACCACUGGUCUACCUCGAAGGAGGACGACAAGCCUGUUAUCGUCAUUCAGGAGAUCUACGCCGACGAGGCUGCCUUCAACGCUCACAAGGAGAGCCCCAAGUUCGGUUGGUUGAUCGAGACUGCCACGAAGGAGGAUCUCUUCGCUGCUCCUAUCAAGAUUCUGUUCCUUGAGCCGUUCACUGGUUUUUCUGGCCCGAGUUCUGUGUUAAGAGAAGCCUGGGUAGAAAAGGCGCGCAGAUGGGAUAAGAAGGUCGUAGUUCUUGCCAGUACCGGUUGGGAGAAGCAUUGGGUGUGGUCAACUUUUUCACGCAAGGAAGUAGAAAGAGCUGCUACAUUGAGAAGGAUGAACAAAAAAGCAUACCGAAGGAGAACCAAUGGGGGAAGCCGGGAAAAGUCCCUGCCGGCUAAGAGGAUCAGCCUUAUUAUCAGCGGCCGGGAUCACGAUGCAUUUAAAGAUACUGCCGGCUCAACAACGCGAUCCCCGGAUGCUUGUUCACGUGGCUCAUUCAGUUCGUUGCUUCGGCAGCCCGGACGGGAACUUGGGGAAGAAUGCGGGGCAAGCGGGUCUGAAUCCGGGGAGUCCCGGGUCUUGGCGAUAACGGUUCCGUUCCAGACGGGAGAAUGGAACCCGAAGAAACCCAAUCCAGGGGUAAAUUCCACUCGAAAGGUUCCCCUGGGAACCCUGGGGUUCUCGAGGCCCUCGACAGGGUCUCGCGAUGGGGAGAUGCAAUCCAGAGUGGCUCCCAAUGAGGUCAUCGGUCGAGUCAUUGUUCACUUCAACAGCCUGUGUCAGUGA